CCCUCAUCAAACAUCAUGACAGCAUUCCCCUUAGGCUACCGUCUCGCUCAGGCCAUUGGCUUCAGCGGAGCGGCCUGGUUAUCGGGUAACAUCGCAGCACUCAGCCUAAUCGCUGUGCCCGCCGUGGUGGAAGCCCAGAAGGAAACCCCGAUACCCAGCAGGGUUGUCGUCAGGCUGUGGCGAGGAUUCUACGAGAAGGGCAAGACGCAGAACCCUCCGAUCGCGGUUGCUACCGCCACGGCGUUUCUGUACCUCGCCUGGUCCGUCCGCGCCGCUGGACCCCUGUUCCGUUCCGCCGCCUACAACCGCGCCGGAUUAUACACUGCGGCAGCCGUCUUGACCCUCGGCAUCGUGCCGUAUACUAUCCUCACCAUGAGACCGACCAACAAUGCCCUUCUCGCCCUGGCGCAGUCUCCAAAGGAUCUGACCGCAGCAGAUGAGACGCGAAGCCAAGAUUUGCUCAAGAAAUGGACCUCAUUGAAUAGCUUACGUGGCUUGUUGCCUCUUGCAGGGGCGACGUUGGGCAUGCUUGCGGCAUGGAUUUAG